AUGACUGCUGGAUCAAGCAAAUCUGGUUUUGCGGUCGAACGAAAGCUGCGAAAGCGAAAAAACCAGAUUAGCCAUGCGAAAGCGUGCUACUAUAUGGGUGCUACUCUUCAGUAUGCCAUUGGCGGAACGUUUAUCGCCACUGCUCUGAUAAUGGGCGUUGCUUGUAUGAUCGUCUUCGACGUGAUUAGCGACAUCAACAAUUUUCAGAGUGAAAUCGAAGACGAGCUCGACCGGUUCAGAAAUCUAGCCGACGAUGCUUGGAAGACAAUGAUGCAAAGCCGAAACACGGUUGACUCAGUCUUGAGGCUCAAACGAGCUUAUCGCUUAGAAGGCACAGCUGCGUAUGCAGGUAGUAGCGGAGGAUGGGCAGGAAGUGGCGGCGGCGGUGGCGGAUGUCAGUGUGCUGCUCAAGCCAGUGGCUGCCCUCGCGGUCCUCCAGGACCACCUGGACUUCCUGGGCAUCCUGGAGAAGAUGGUAUACCAGGACUGUCCGGAGGAGCAGGACAAAGUGGGCAUGCGGCAGCUAUGGGUCAUGCAGCGGGUUGU